UCCUCACUGCUCCCGGCUACUCCCCGUGCCGCGGUCCCGCCGACGGCAGCCUCGCCUCGCCCGAAUGGCUCAAUCCACGGCUUGAUCCGAUUUGCUCCAUUGCCAAACACAUCUCCCCAGCUCGCUAUACUCGCGGUAGCCGCGCUUGCCACCAUCGCGGCUUGCGACGAUCGCAUGGCCAGGCCAGCUCUGAAGAAGCUCGGCACCGGACCACCAGAUGCCAGAGAGGAGAUCGUCCGCCUCUGCUCCAGAGGCCGCCUCAAGGAAGCUCUGCACCACCGCUUCCAUGAGGGCCUCUGGUCGGAGCCCAACCUCUUCUCCCACCUCUUUCGGGCCUGCCGUGCCCUCCCGCUCCUCCGCCAGCUUCACGCCUUCGCAGCCACGUCCGGCGCCGCCGCCGACCGGUUCACCGCGAACCACCUCCUCCUAGCUUACGCCGACCUGGGCGAUUUCCUCACCGCGCGCAAUCUGUUCGAGAGAAUUCCGAAGUGGAAUGUUAUGUCCUGGAACAUUCUCAUCGGGGGUUACAUCAAGAACGGUGACCUGGAAACCGCGCGGAAGCUGUUCGACGAAAUGCCCGCGAGGAACGUGGCGACGUGGAAUGCCAUGGUCGCCGGACUCACCAACUCUGGACUCAACGAGGAGAGCUUGGGCUUCUUCCUUGCCAUGCAGAGGGAGGGAAUGCAACCUGAUGAGUUUGGCCUCGGGAGCUUGUUCCGGUGCUGUGCUGGGCUCAGGGAUGUUGUGUCUGGGCGGCAGGUCCAUGCAUAUUUUGUGCGGUCUGGACUAGACACGGACAUGUGUGUUGGGAGCUCACUGGCACACAUGUACAUGCGGUGUGGUUUUCUUGAAGAAGGGGAGACUGUUCUCCGAAUGCUGCCAUCGCUUAACAUUGUGUCAUGCAAUACCAUAAUUGCUGGAAGAAUGCAGAAUGGAGACUCAGAGGGUGCUUUCGAGUUUUUCCGCAUGAUGAGAGGUGUUGGCGUGGAAGCAAAUGCAGUCACAUUCGUGAGUACCAUUAGUUCUUGCUCGGACUUGGCAGCUCUUGCACAAGGUCAGCAGGUUCACGCACAGGCUAUCAAAGCUGGAGUCGACAAAGUUGUGCCCGUCAUGAGUUCUCUUGUGCAUCUGUACUCUCGAUGUGGGUGCCUAAGUGACUCAGAAAGAGUUUUCUUUGGGUAUAGUGGUACAGAUCUUGUGCUGUGCAUGAUCUCAGCUUAUGGAUUCCAUGGGCAUGGACAAAAGGCAGUGGAUCUGUUCAAACAGAUGAUGGCUGGAGGUGCAGAACCCAAUGAGAUUAAUUUCUUGACCUUGCUAUAUGCAUGCAGCCAUAGUGGUCUGAAAGAUGAAGGCAUGGAUUUUUUUGAGCUUAUGACUAAAACUUAUGGACUGCAGCCAAGUGUUAAACACUACACUUGUAUUGUGGACCUUCUUGGACGUUCAGGUCUCCUAAAUGAAGCGGAGGCCUUAAUCCUGUCAAUGCCUGUGCGUCCUGAUGGGGUCAUAUGGAAGACACUACUUUCUGCUUGUAAGAUCCAGAAAAAUUUUGACAUGGCCGAGAGGAUAGCAGAACGUGUCAUUGAGUUGGAUCCUCAUGAUUCUGCCUCUUAUGUUCUUCUUUCAAAUAUUCGAGCUACCAGCAGCAGAUGGGAGGAUGUCAGUACGGUAAGGGAAACCAUGAGGAAACAUAAUGUGAAGAAAGAGCCUGGUGUUAGCUGGGUGGAGUUUAAGGGUCAGGUUCCCCAAUUCUGCGCUGGAGAUAAAUCACAUUCAAGGCAACGAGAGAUUGAUGAAUGCCUGGAAGAAAUGAUGGCCAAAAUCAGGCAAUGUGGGUAUGCACCAGACAUGAGCAUGGUGCUCCAUGAUAUGGAGGAUGAGGAGAAAGAAGUUAGUUUGGCUCACCACAGCGAGAAGUUGGCUAUAGCAUUUGUUUUUCUGAGCUUACCUGAAGGAGUUCCCAUCCGUAUUAUGAAGAAUCUACGCGUGUGUGAUGAUUGUCAUAUAGCUAUUAAGUUUAUCUCUAAAGUAACUGGACGGGAGAUUGUGGUCCGAGAUGUAAGCCGUUUUCACCAUUUCAAAGAUGGAAAAUGCUCUUGUGGAGAUUAUUGGUGAUAGGUGUAGAGUGCCGUGAAGGCGUGACAUACCUUUUGCCUCAGUUGAGUCAAGAAGACUUCCAGCUCUAAAUUAUCAACAGGUACACCUGUGCAAACCACAAAUUUGUUGAUUUGUCAUUUCCUUAAUUACUGGUUUAAUAAAUGAUGUGAAGAAGAUUAUCAUACCACUGAAAAUCCCUUGUCUUUUUUUUGUACCCAAUCUUUUAUAUCCUCUAUCUUCGAGCAACUUUGAGGUACUGCUACUGCUAGGGAUGUAGAUGGACAGGCCUAUCCACAAAUUCACUCAGACCUGAUGUACUGAUGAGCUCUAUGAAUUUUGGAACAUGAACACGACCCAAUGACCUGAUGGAUUCUCAAAAAAAAAACAAUGACAUGAUGUUGGGUUGAGAAGGAGCUCUUCAAGAUAAUUGUAAUUGUAAUAGGGCCACAAACUCUUAUAAACUUGUCCUGUUUUGCAGUGCAUAGGAACAUGGGUUUUGUCCCUAGAAUUCUAAAAGAAAAAUGGGUGCCUGGUAUUUCAUAUAAAUUCUGCACAAGAAGGUUUGGUUUCUGGUGAGUUAUUCAGGUCCUAAAUACAACUCCUCUCUUUGGAACUAGGAUUUAUUGCAUUCACCCCAGCAUUUUGGAAUUUUCUGUGCUUGUCUAUCAAGUUAAAAAAUAUUGCGAGUGAAAAAAAAAGCUACAACCUUACAUGGUCUUUCAGUCCAACAAUCACAACUUUUAGUCUAUGAUCAUCUGUCCGGUGGGCAGACAAGAGGCUACUUUAAACACAUAUGGAAAGCAAGACUACCCUAUAAGAUCAAAAUUUUCACUUGGUUGCUCGAAAAUAAAGUCAUUCUUACUAGAGACAACAUGGUCAGGAGGAAUUGGCCUGGCAUUCCCACCUGCUCCUUUUGUUCGCAAAUGGAAUCUGUAGACCACCUUUUUUUUCCAAUGCCCAGUAGCAAGAGUCUCUUGGGGGUCUAUUGC